UAGUUAGUUAUAGACUCGUCUUGUAGUCGGUAGAUAUAAUUUAUCCUCGUAUCAUCAACGAGUCGGAAGGUUGUUAUCGCCGUGGUAAAGACGUUAGGCCCGCCUGGGCAAAACUUACGUGAUUGAAACAUGUGAAUUCUAUGAACAUUACAGUCAUGCCAAGUGACUAGCGGUUGUCGGUAUUACAGAUCACUUUCACAAUACCGCGAGUGAGCGAACGUGCGAGCGAGAGAGUGUGGCGUAGGUCACAAUACCGGUGCCGAAAACUCGACGUCGGUGAAAACAAAAGUGAAAAACAAAAACAAUCGAGAACCGAGGGAGAGAGUCGCUGAGAGAUAAAGAGAGAAAGCGAGAGAGCGGCAGACACCGGUCGGAAAUAUCGGUUACACCGCCGGGCGCGAGUCGCGCGAGUAGAGCGAGCGAAGACACACGCGUAUCGUCGUGUCGCGUACCGUAAUCGCCGGAUAAUAUCUCUGAAGCGGCGCUAAUCGUUUUCCGAGUACAGAGCGUCCAGUUGACGGCAAGUGCUGGUCGUCUGUGGCCGUUCGGUGCGUCGAAUCGUGAAUAAGUAGAGUGCGGUUAAAUAUAGAAUCUGGUGUGUCGGGCGUCGGGCGAGGCGAUGGCAGAGGAUCGCAGCGAGCCGGAAACCCGGGUCAGGUACAGGCGAGCAAAGAGCGUUACCCGCGCCGAGGAGAUACAGAUGGCUGAGAAACGGGCGCGGAGCUCGCAGCCCGACAAACCAUGUCAUCGACCCAGGGACAGCCUGUUUUCCUGGACUUCCGAUUUCAACAAUUUCACCGGUUUCAUUAACUGGGGUUUUCUGCUACUUGGCAUCGGUGGAUUUCGCCUGCUUCUCGAGAAUUUCAUAAAGUAUGGAAUCAGGGUGGAUCCUCGACAGUGGUUCCUCUUUCUCAGCGGCAGCAACAACGGCGGUACCGAGUGUCCAUCGAUCGUCUUAAUUCUUUAUUCGACGGUACCUGUUAUCCUGUGCUUACUGAUCGAAAAAGGAUUAGCCGUGGAAAUAAUCGCUCAUGGACCUGGAAUGGUGUUUCACGUUGUCAAUCUCAUGGCGAUGGUCCUGAUGCCGAUGGUGGUUAUCCAUGUGAAGGAAUCGGGCUUCAGUUUGGUCGGUGCGAUGUACGUCUGCAUGCUGUACGCGAUGUUGUUCCUAAAGUUGUGGUCCUACGUUCAAGUGAACAUGUGGUGCCGAACUAGCAGAAGAAGAAACGUGAACCCGCAGGGGAGAAUGCGAAGGCAAUCGCUUUCGUACAACAAUCUUCAGGCCACCAAAGCAAAGCAGAACGCAAAGUUGCCGAAGGAUAAUGGGGAUGAAACCAACGGCGGUACCGAGCUCGUUCAGUAUCCGGACAACUUGAAUUUGGCCGACGUCUACUACUACAUUCUUGCACCGACUCUCUGCUACGAAUUGAAUUUUCCCAGAACCCAACGGAUCCGCAAACGUUUCCUCAUCAAACGCAUAUUGGAGGUGGUCGUCGGAUGCCAAGUGGUGAUGUCGUUGUUUCAGCAGUGGAUGAUCCCGUCGGUGAAAAAUUCAUUGAUCCCGUUCAGCAAUAUGGACGUCGCCAAAGCUUCGGAGCGUCUUCUUAAGCUCGCUAUUCCAAACCACUUGAUGUGGCUGUGCUUUUUCUACUUAUCCUUUCACUCCUACCUGAAUCUGAUGGGUGAGUUGCUGCACUUUGCUGACCGUAAUUUUUACGGUGAUUGGUGGAACUCGAACAACAUCGACACCUUCUGGAGGAGUUGGAAUUUACCGGUACAUCGAUGGGCCGUGCGACAUUUGUACAUCCCCGUCGUCGAGAUGGGAUACAGCAAGACCGUUGCCAGCAUCACCGUUUUCUUCAUCAGCGCGUUCUUUCACGAAUAUUUGGUCAGCGUCCCGCUCAAGACGUUCAAGAUAUGGGCGUUCAUGGGGAUGAUGGGUCAGAUACCUUUGUCGGCGCUUAGCAGGAUCGUCGAGGUACGUUGCGGCGCGAGAUGGGGCAACAUUAUCGUUUGGGCUAGUCUAAUAAUCGGCCAACCACUCUGUAUAAUGAUGUACUACCACGACUAUGUCGUGACACACUUUGGCGAGGCGUUGAUCAACGAUUACUCGGUCGUCUAGUCCGCGAUUUGAUGACACGAGGACUCGAUCAUCGGAUUCCACCCUGCCUGCGGCGGACGCAUUUUUGUCAUUUUGUUGGUUUGUUUUUUCCCCCGUUUUCUUCUUUUUCACCGAGAAGAAGAUAAGGAGAAGGAAAAGGAAAUGGAAAUGGAACAAAGUUAGGGAACAGGAUUGAAGAGCAUUUUGGGAGGAAAACGGUUAAGACUGGCUUUUAUUUCCUUGAGAUCAGUCAUCGUCGGCCUUCGAACAUGUACAGAAUCCAAUUGUGGUGUCAUCAUUGCUGUAAUUAUAUCGUGCUUUUUAGAACCGGUGCCUUUUACAAGUAACUAGUCGAUUGUUGCUGUCGGAAAACAAUCCCACGUAUUAAUUCGAUGUAUAGAUAACACGUUGUAAUUCCUUCCGAACGUUAUUUAUAAUUAUAUAGUACAGACGUGAGAGGUCAAAGUUUAUAAUGAAACGAAAAGACAAAACAUCACAAAAAACUUUUCUACGAUUUAUCGUUAUCGUUUAAUUCUUAUCGUUCGUUUUUUACUAUCUACUUUUUUACACGAAUACUUUUUAUUUGCAAUCAAUUUAUAACAUAUCGAAGUUAGGGUGCCUAUGAUAGAUAAAUAAUGCAUUUCGUUGGGAAAUAACGAUGCGUACAACCAAUAUACUUGUACACGUUACGUUAAAAAUUUAUACGAUUCCUUGAGAGUUCAUUUACAUAUUCGAGUACAAAAUAUGUUGUGAUACGUGAUCCGUCAUAGUUUUGAAAUGUUAAUUUUUGUUCUUCAUCGCAUGAUCAUCGCAUUUUCAUCACUUCAUCUUUUUCAAUGAACGCGAUAGUGGAUUUCAUUUUCGUGAACUGUCUUCGUGAAGAGAAAAAAAAGAGAAAUGGUCGAAAAGAGACUUACGCAAAAGAUUUUUUUUUGUACUUUUAGCCAUUACAUUAGGGAAGAAGAAAAACUUUUACGAAAAAAGUACGGAAGACCGGCCAAUUUGAGAUAAUUGAACGGAAUUUGUACUCGUAAAAUUUUUACUGUAUAUUCUGCCAACGCAAAUGGUUGCUACAAUAACUCUGUGAUCAUGUUGAAUGUAAGAAUUGUACGCAUAUUAUUGUACAUAAUAUUACGAUAUAAUUUUUUUCCAGAAUCAAAAUAUAACGCUGUGCCUGUAAGUUAAA